AUGCCUUCGAAACCCAACACCCAGCUGCAGCCGCCUCCGCCGCCUCCCGUCCUCAACGAUGACCCUCAAACACCAAGCCGCCGAGAAGGAUGUCACACGAGCAGCAUUCGAUACGCUGCUCCUUAUAAUGGUGGCUAUGGCGGCUAUGGCGGCGGCUAUCCUCCCAAUGGUCACGGCAAUGCCGGGACAUUAAGGGAGAAAAAGUCUCUGGACUUUUCGCUUCUCAGGAAGUUUGCACUGAACCAGACCGUUCAGAUCAACGUCCAGGGCAAUGGAUGGCUACUUGGAACUGUCGUCGCUGUCUUGAAGACUGUACGAGCUCUGACCGGCACGCACGUCAAGGUUAGGUAUACCAACAAUGGCAGGUCCGAGGAGGAUGUCUUCGAAAAUGACCCGUCGUAUAUUCUCCCAUGCAGCCCGUCCAACUAG